CCUUUCGAUAAUACUUCCAUGCUAAUGGGAAAAAUAAAUCCUAGGACUGUAAAAAUAACAAAGAUUGGUUUCUAGUCAAGAAUCUACAGAGGUGUGGCAUGGAUAAGCAUCUGGGUUCUGUACACAAAGACCCUCAUCUUCUGAAUAUUUGGAAGGCCCAAGAGCAGUAUUAUCUAAGAAUGCAAAGGAACAAAGAAAAUAAACGAGGGAAAAAGAUGGAAGAAUCAAAUCAGUGUAAGAGGAGAUUGAGAGUGUGUGUGGCAACUUGCAACAGAGCCGAUUACUCAAAGCUGGCACCCAUCAUGUUUGGGAUCAAAUCCCACCCAGAUGAGUUUGAACUGGAAGUUGUGGUGCUUGGUUCACAUCUCAUUGAUGACUACGGGAACACAUUUCGGAUGAUUGAGCAGGAUGACUUUGACAUUGGCUCAAAGCUCCACACUAUUGUGAGAGGAGAGGAUGAGGCAGCCAUGGUGGAAAGUGUUGGGCUAGCGCUUGUAAAACUCCCUGAUGUUCUUCAGAGACUGAACCCGGACAUCCUGGUCGUACAUGGUGACCGUUUUGAUGCUCUUGCUCUAGCGACUGCAGCAGCGCUAAUGAAUAUUAGAAUACUUCACCUGGAGGGAGGAGAGGUUAGUGGUACAAUUGAUGACUCAAUCCGCCAUGCCAUCAGUAAACUGGCCCAUUAUCACGCCUGCUGUACACGCAUGGCAGAGCAGCACCUUAUUGCCAUGUGUGAGGACCACUCUCGUAUCCUCCUUGCUGGCUGCCCAUCAUACGAUAAGCUGCUGUCAUCUCAUCACAGAGAGGACUACAUGGAUAUCAUCAAAAGCUGGUUAGGUGAGAAGGUACAGGACGGUGACUAUAUUGUGGCACUUCAGCACCCAGUCACUACGGACAUCCAGCACUCUAUUAAGAUCUAUGGGUUGAUGCUGGAUGCACUGAUUUCCUUCAACAAGUUGACCCUCAUCCUCUUUCCUAACAUUGAUGCCGGAAGUAAGGAGAUGGUACGUGUUAUGCGAAAGAAGGGCAUCGAGCAACACCCUAACUUCCGAGCAGUGAAGCACAUUCCUUUCGAGCAGUUUAUACAGCUCGUCUCCCAUGCCGGCUGCAUGAUUGGAAACAGCAGCUGUGGGGUGCGAGAGGCUGGGGCUUUCGGCACACCAGUCAUUAACCUGGGAACAAGACAAACUGGCAGAGAGACGGGUGAAAAUGUUCUACAUGUCAGAGAUGCUGACACUCACAAUAAAAUCUACCAUGCUCUGGAGCUACAGUUUGGAAAGAGAUACCCCUGCUCUAAGAUUUAUGGUGAUGGCAACGCAGUGCCUCGUAUUCUCAAGUUUCUGCAUUCUAUUGACCUGGAUGAGCCCCUCCAAAAGACCUUCUGUUUUCCCCCUGUGAAAGAUCCGAUCUCCCAGGACAUUGAUCAUAUCCUGGAGACCCAGAGUGCUUUGGCUAUUGACCUGGGAGGGACCAACCUCAGAGUGGCUAUCGUCUGCAUGAGAGGCAAGAUAGUGAAGAAAUACUGUCAGCCCAAUCCAAAGACUUUCGAGGCCAGGAUGGAUCUCAUGUUAGAGAUGUGCAAAGAAGCUAUGCGGGAUGCUGUGGACUAUAACUGUAGAGUACUUGGUGCUGGUGUGUCCACUGGGGGACGUGUAAACCCGCAAGAUGGUGUGGUCCUACACUCCACAAAAGUAAUCCAGGAGUGGUCUUCUGUGGACCUGAGAACACCCAUAUCAGAUGCCCUGCACCUGCCUGUCUGGGUUGACAAUGACGGCAACUGUGCUGCAUUGGCCGAGAAGAAGUUUGGUCAUGGCAAGGGAGUGGAAAACUUUGUCACUGUCAUCACAGGAACAGGUAUUGGAGGAGGAAUUAUCCAUCACAAUGAGUUGGUCCACGGCAGUACCUUCUGUGCUGCUGAGCUGGGUCACAUCAUGGUUUCACUGGAGGGCCCAGAGUGUACAUGUGGCAGCCGUGGCUGCAUAGAGGCCUAUGCAUCUGGGAUGGCUCUUCAGAGAGAGGCCAAAAAGCUACAUGACGAGGACCAGUUGAAGGUGGAGGGGAUGGAUAUGAAGAUCUCGGAGUCAGUCACUGCUAAACAUCUUAUUGAUGCAGCCAGAAUGGGAAACUCCAAAGCUGCUGCUAUUCUGAACAAAGCCACCACAGCACUAGGUGUGGGCAUCAUCAACAUCCUGCACACAGUCAACCCUUCACAGGUGGUUCUGUCUGGAGUCUUGGCCUCUUACUACCAGGUCCCAGUACAGCAUGUCAUCUCGCAGAGAGCUCUCCUCUCUGUCCGAAACAUCAAGGUUGUAACAUCAGACUUGGAAGAACCUGCUUUACUUGGAGCAGCCAGCAUGGUGUUAGACUAUGCAACCAGAAGGAUAUAUUGAAGUAUA